AUGGCGGAGGCUCAGCCGUCCAAACCAUCAGACGAGCCUGAUGACGCGCAGGAGGUUGACGUUCAGCCGGUAGAAUCUAUGGCAGAAGCCGGUAAAGACGUUUCGGCAAUUUCAGGCCGUGGAUGGUUCUUCCUAGACGUUAACCAGCAGAAUCAAGGGCCUUAUCCAGAGGACCAGAUUCCCGGUCUUGUCGCGUACAACUAUGUAACGCCUGACACUCUUUUCUGGGCAGAAGGCUGCGCGGAGUGGCUGCCCUUGAAAAGCAUUCCUGAACUCGCCGCAGCUUGCGCUGCUUGUGCCGUAGCAACCGGUGGGGAAAUCAAGGCUGGUAGGACUUGGCAAUGGGGGGCUCCUGCUGGUGAUGGGGGGAGGGGAAAGGGGAAUGGGAAGGGGAAGGGGAAGGAGAAAGGGGUCGGGGAUGGGGGAGAAGGGGGGGAAUGGGGAGCGGAGGAUGAGGAGAUGCGGAAGUUUCUGGCGGAGAUGAAACGGGCAGAGGCGGAAGCAGCUGCUGCGAAACGGGCAGCGAGAAAGAGAGGGCGGGUGGUAGCGGCUCUAGCCCAUGGCGCUGAUGCUGAUGUGGAGGAGGAAGGGGAGGAGGAUGAGGAAGAGGAGGAUGGGGAGGAGGAUGAGGGAGAGGGAGAGGAGGGUGGGGAGGCAGAGGAGGGGAAGGGGGAAGGGAGGAAGGGGCAGGAAGAGCAGAUGGUGUUUGUAGAGGACGAGGAGGUUAUCCCCUCUCUUGACGCUGCCAUUGCGGCUGCUGUGGCUGAGAGGGAGAGAGCGGAGGCGAGUGAGGAGGAGGAGAUGGGGGAGGGGCGAGGGGGGGACGGGGAGCGUGGAGGGAAGAAGUGGGGGAAGGGCGGAGAGAAGGAGAAAGGGAAGGGGAAGGGUUGGAAGAAGGGAGAGAAACGAGGCGGGGGUGGGAAGGGGGAGGAAGGAGGAGGAGCGGAGGGAGGGAAGCAUUGGGGAGAGAUGGAAGGGGGUGGGAAGGGGGAGGAAGGGGGGAAAGAGGGGGCAGGAAAGAAGGAGCAAGGGCAAGAGAAGGAGCACGUGGAAACACGCAAAGAGCUUCAGAAGAAGGUGGCAAACAAUGAGCCAAAUGAGUGGUUUGAGCUGAAGGUCAAUACGAGUGUGUACGUGACGGGUCUGCCCCAUGACACUAACGAGGACGAGGUGGCGGAGGUGUUUUCCAAGUGUGGGCUGAUUAAAGAGGAUUUGGACACGGGCAAGCCGCGGGUGAAGCUGUAUCGAGACAAGGAAACAGGCGAGCUCAAGGGGGAUGGGCUCAUCACGUUCCUCAAGCCGCCCUCAGUGGAUCUAGCUCUCAAGAUUCUUGACGGCACUCCUUUGAGACUAGGCGACAAGCAGCCCAUGUCUGUGACUCUGGCCAAGUUCGAGCAGAAAGGAGACAAGCAGCCCAUGCCUGUGACCCUCGCCAAGUUCGAGCAGAAGGUGAGUGGUGGUGAUGGUAUGGCAGUGAAGGCCAUGGCGAGCUGCAAGGUUCAUCCACUUUGUUGCUACUCCACGUUAUCUAAAACCUCCCUGCUUCUCCGCGUCCCACCAACCGCGUUCCCACCUCACCCAGGUUCCCAAUCUCCCUUGCCAUUCUACCUGCCUCUGCCUGCCCUGCCAGGCAGUGUGUUUGUGAAGAACUUUUGA